CCCUUUUGCGGGCCCUCACUCAAAUGAUAACUUAUCCCGUGGAUAUUGCAAUAUUAGCAGCUUAUUUUGCUCUUAUCUUUGCUUUAUUGGCCGGUAUUGUGCCCUCGUUACUUGAAGCACAAAAGUCUUCUAACCGCUCUUCCUCCUUGUUUCUCGCUUUCGCUGCAAUCGCUUUAUUGGCAACAUGGACCUACAUGUUGAAAUAUUUUCAUCACAGCUAUUCGGAAUGGCGCGCCAUCGCCACUGUCAUUCCCGAGACACUACUCGAUUCUAUAAGUCACUGGCUUCAUAACGUCUCGUUGUUUGAUGAUGCAUGGCGAACUGUUAGCGUUGGUGCCAUACAGUGGUUAUGGAGCCAUCAAUUGUGCGCGUUCACGGUUUCCGUCUGGACUCCUUUUCUAGCUCUAGAAGCUCAACGAAGAAAUAUACCAUUCCCUUGGGCUUACAUGUUGCUAGGACAGGUGGUGGCUAUCUCAUUUGCUGCUUGUUUGUUUUUUGCCGUCAUGGCUGCUCUACCUUUGAGAGCAGCAGGCAACAUCCAGUUCAAUGCUCCUGUCACUGCUUUCUGUUCCGCCAUUGGUAUCGCCACCGUGCUUAUCAGUCCAUACGUAGCUACCUCGUCAGCCUUCAUGCCCAAUCUUCUCACCAUGCACGCCGUCUUGAUUGUACCUUUAGUUCUUCCCGAGCGAUUCCUUCGUCCUUAUACCUCUCGCCAACCAUUGGCACUAGCAGCCAUUUAUCUUUUUGCUGCAGGCGCAAAUUUCGCAAACUACCUGCAACAGAUGAUUGCUGUGUUGGCCACUAGUGAAUCGAAAAAUUUGAUCCAAUUGAUGUUCAAUGUCUUGUAUAGUCAUCCUGCUCAAUCCAGUAUUGGCUGGGAUAUUAUAUGUGUUAGUUUGUUUGGCGCGACGUGGAUGAUUGCCGACAGUCGGAGCCUCGAUCGACCCAAGUCAGCCGCACACCUCGGCGUGAGUCAGAAGAUAGCUUAUAUGCUCUUCAUAUGCACGCCGUUUCUUUCGAUUUCCACAACCCUUCCAUUGUACCUAGCCUGGCGAGAAAUAAUGUAGACUUUGGUCAAGCGAUAGAAAUAAUUAUUUGACAAUGUAUUUUUUACUUGCAAUUGAUCUUGUGUACAAUAAACGUCAGGGAUCCGAACGUGUUUGGUUUUUUUUUCGCACAUCCGGUCUCACCAAAGCUUAAUUUUGAGGGAAAAUAUAUA